AUUUCCAUUAUGGCGGUUGUCGGGUUGAUCGGAAAAUGGAAUGUGAUUUUUGUAAUCACGUGAUUCAUUCGAAAUAGCCGUCGCCUUGAAUCUGUUUGCUGCGUUCCCAAAUCAAAGUUUUAAAAUUGUAUACGUAUAGUUAAGCACGAUGGACAUCGAAAAGCUUACGGCUUUGUUGAACGCCACACUUUACCAACCGCACAGGAGCGAAGCCGAAGAACAGCUUCAGCGUAUUCAUAAAAUAGCUGGAUUUGGUCCAGCAUUGUUACAAAUUGUUCUUACCGCUGACAUAGAAAUGUCUACACGGCAAGCAAGUGCAAUCUAUUUAAAAAAUCUGAUUUAUCAGAAUUGGGCUGGUCGUGAAGAUGAACCUAAUAAAUUUACUAUUCAUGAACAAGAUAGACAAAUGAUUAGGGAUACAAUUUUAGAUGUUAUAGUUCAAGUACCAGAAUUAUUAAGAACCCAAUUAACUGUAUGUUUAGUAACUAUGAUAAAAAAUGAUUUCCCGGGUCGAUGGUCCAAUGUGGUAGAUAAAAUUGAUGUUUAUUUAAAAAGUGAUAACACGUCAUAUUGGAUGGCAGGGCUAGUUGGAUUUUCAUCUUUGGUUAAAGCGUUUGAAUAUCAAAAAGCAGAUAAGUCUCCUAUUCAUGGAGCAGUUAAAGUAUUGCUUCCAGGAGUUUACAAUGUAAUGGCUCAUAUUGUCACCAACUCCACAGCUGAAUCAGUAACACUACAAAAAUUGAUAGUUAAAAGCUAUUUUAAACUUAUUCAAUUUACAUUAAGUCCAGAUUUAAUGGAGAGAACUACAUUUACUAAAUGGAUGGAAAUUCUGAGUUUAGUUUUAUGUAAUCCUGUACCUGAAGAAGUUAACCAAUAUGAACCAAGUGAAAGAGAUCAAUUACCUUGGUGGAAAGUUAAAAAAUGGGCAUUGCACACUUUGUAUAGAAUAUUUGAAAGAUAUGGAAGUCCAGGAAGUGUUGCUAAAGAGUAUCAAUUAUUUGCAACAUUUUAUGUGAAAACUUUUUCUACUGGUAUAAUAGAAAUCAUUUUAAGAAUUUUAGAUCAAUAUCGAAACAAAAUUUACGUACCUCCAAGAGUUAUGCAAAUGAGCUUAAAUUAUCUAAACCAAUGCAUUGGUAUAGCACACACAUGGAAAAUGAUUAAGCUCCAUUUAGCAGCUAUUAUUCAAGAUAUUAUUUUCCCACUUAUGUGUCAUUCUGAAGCUGAUCAAGAGUUAUGGGAAACUGAUCCACAUGAAUAUAUCUCUCAGAAAUUUGAUAUUUUUGAAGAUCUGAUAUCUCCUGUUAUGGCUGCUCAAUCUACAUUACAUUCAGCUUGUAAAAAGCGUAAAGAUAUUUUGCCAAAAGCGGUUCAAUUUAUUGUAGGUGUAAUUACUUCAAACGAUGCUACACCAUCCCAAAAAGAUGGAGCCCUUCAUAUGCUUGGCGCAUUAGCAGAUGUUAUAUUUAAAAAAGACAUGUACAAAGAUCAAGUGGGCAGUAUGCUAUAUCAACAUGUAUUUCCUGUUUUUCAAAGUCCACAUGGUCAUUUAAGAGCUAGAGCUUGCUGGUUUAUACAGCACGUAUGUGAUGUCAAAAUCAAUAAUGAUAGUGUAUGGACUGAUUUGUCAACACUUUGCACAAAUGCUUUGUUAACUGAUAAAGAGCUUCCAGUGAAAGUUCAAGCUGGUUUAGCUAUUCAGGCAUUAUUAAUUGCUGAAGAUAAAGUGGAACGGCUUUUAGAACCAAAAAUUAAAGAAAUUGUAUUGGAGCUUUUAAAUGUAUUAAAAGAAACGGAAAACGAUGAUAUUACUGGUGUUGUACAGAAGACGAUUGCCAUUUAUUCAGAAAAACUAGCUCCUAUAAUGUUUGAAAUUUGUCAAAAUUUGGUUAAAACCUUACUUCAAGUACUAAAAUCCGAUGACAUGAAUGACAAAAAAGAAAUUACUGGUAUGAGUAUAUUGAGUUGUAUAGAGACUAUACUUAGUGUAAAUGAUGAGCAACAACAUACUUUAGCUGCUCUUGAACCAAUUGUAUUAGAAGUUAUUGUCCACAUAUUUACUACCCCUGAACCUGAAUAUUACGAAGAGGCGUUUAAUUUAGUUUGUGAUUUAACCAAUACUCAAGUAUCACCAAAUAUGUGGAAAGUAUUAGAGUUAAUCUAUGGAGUUUUUCAGAAUGAUGGUUUUGAUUAUUUUGUUGAUAUGAUGCCUUGUCUGCACAACUAUGUUACAAUUGGUAUGGAAACAUUUGUUACAAAUGAAAAUUACAUGUUAAUUAUAUUCAAUAUGUGUAAAGUUGUUCUGACAUCAGAAUCUGGUGAAGAAGCUGAAUGUCAUGCAGCAAAAUUAUUAGAAGUCAUUGUUUUGCAAUGCAAAGGUCGAAUUGAUCAAUGUAUCCCACCAAUUGUGGAGGUAGCUUUGCAAAGACUGGUUAGAGAAAUAAAAUCAUCUGAAUUAAGAGCAAUGUGUCUUCAAGUGAUCAUUGCUGGUAUCUAUUAUAAUCCACACUUGUUAUUUGAAACUCUUGAUAAGUUACAAAUGUCAAUGUCUACAAAUGAAUCAAUUUCUAUACAUUUUAUUAGACAAUGGUUACAGGAUACAGAUUGUUUUUUUGGUAUUCAUGACCGAAAACUUUGUGUUAUGGGAUUGCUGACACUGAUGGCAUUGUCUCCAAAUAGGCCAGUUGCAGUAAAUGAACAUGCAACACAAAUUGUGCCAUCUAUGCUUAUGUUAUUUGACGGUCUAAAUCGUGCAUACAAUACUAAAGAUGCAACUUCGGAUGAAGAAUCUAGUGAAGAUGAAGACACGGACACUGAAAAUGAGUUGGCAACUGAUGAAGACGAGGUUGACGAAAGCAUUUCAUUCGCGAAUGAUAAAAAAAAUAAUCUGUUUCUAAACCCAGUUCUUAAUCCAGAUAUUGCAGAAGAUGAAAGUGAUAGUGACGAUGAUGAUUAUGAACAACCUGAAGAAACAAUCCUAGAAGUUUAUACUACACCACUAGAUCAAGAAGACAAUGCCGAUGAGAAUUUGGACGUUUACAUUUUAUUUAAAAAUGUUUUGUUGAGUAUACAACAAAACGACCCUGCCUGGUAUUUGGCGCUUACCAAUCAUCUCAAUGUUGAGCAGCAAAAGUCCAUUAAUGAAAUAAUGGUUCUAGCUGAGCAAAGACGUACUGAGGUUGAAAAUAAAAAAAAAGAAAAACUUGCAGGCUUUAAAUUCGACCAAGCAGCCACAGUUCCAACCUCAUUCAAUUUUAGCAACAAUUCUAAUUCACCUUUUGCUUUUGGUCGGUAACCGGACUACAAUUAAAUGUGACAUUUAAUCAUUGCUUUAACUAUUCAUUAUUAUUAUUAUUAUUAUUAUUAUUGUAUGUCCAAACUAUAUACAAAAACAUCUAAAUAAAUUAAACAACAUGUUG